CACCUUCUAAAUCUCAGAAACGCGGGCCGUACAUCGUCCUAGCGCCCUCGGAACAAGCCUUCGCGAGACUUACCCGUCAGGAGCUUCGUCAGGCAGCGAGAAGCACGGACCCUCGCCUACCACCUGCUGCCCCUUCAAAGCCAGCCAGCCCCCGAAGUGAACAAUGAUGCAACUUUUGAAACCCUGCUCGGUCCCGCGGUGAGGUUCAAUGUGUACGGGGAUUCCGUCUACGUGAACGGCGCCAAGGUGGUGAGGGGAGAUGUGCACUUUAAACACGGCACGAUACAGGUGGUGGAGGCAGUGCUGUCGGCGCCUGUGGGGGACCUACACACUGUUCUGCUGGCGAGCGGCCCUUCCUUCACCCGCGUCAAUACUCUGCUUUCUGUCGCUAACCUCUCCCUCAAGCUGCAAGACAGCUACACCCUCCUGGCGCCCCCGGACUCAGCCAUCACGUCCAAGGGGUACUCAUGGCCGCGUCUACUCAUGAGUCGGGAGGUGCGGGCGUAACCUAAUGGCGCGGCACAUCAUAAAAGGCGCGUGGUAUAGCGAGGGCCUCCUCCACCGCCGCACCCUCACCACCCUGGCAGGCACCACCGUCACUUUCAGGAAGGAUUCAGAUGGCAUCGUCUCUGCCAAUGGCGUGCCCCUCAGAACGCGAAAACCUCACAGCGAACAACGGCGUGGUGCAUCUCAUAGUGGACGUGCUGCCAGAAUCUGAUGUUGGCACAGACCCCACCAGCCUGCCCAUACCCCUGCUGGCCCACACCGAGGCGCCCACAUCCCUGCAAAUCCCUCCUGUCAUUCCCCCACUCCCCGUUCCCCCUCCCUCCCCUCCUUCACCCCCGACAGUUAGCGGGUUAUACGAGACACCGCGACAAGAUGCGUUUCUCUCCUUCAUCCCAGCUAAGAGUUCUGUUGACACUCAGAAAAAUCCUUCGUUUAGGGAGGAUAUCAAGAGUAGGCUGACUCCUGCACCUACUACCACUACUUCUACAACUACUACGUCUCCUCCACGCCUCCUACGCACGGAUGGCAUUCCAGAAAUCAUCCCUCAGCCUCCUGUUGCCAAGUUAAUGACGCCUUCAGGUCAUCAACAGCUCCUGGAACUCUUGAAACUAGUGGACUGCGGAGGGCGGCCCGUGUCCCUGCCCGCGCCGCACGCCAUCAUCAGGUCCCUCCCCCCAAGCCAGGCCUUGAGUAUCCUUGGGUCGCAGUCCGGGGUUCGCAUCAGGCAAGACGAGAACGAGGUGGUGGCGGCGAGCACUUUCAGGCAGCAGCAAGAGGCAGCGAAGGAGCAGGUGCAUGUCAGCCACCGUGGUAAUGCCAUCAGCACAGCAUACGUUAAAGUGCCCCUAGGAGCCACAAAGAGCCAGCAGGAUGACACCAGGCAGUCCCCAGCACCCGUGAGCCUCCCCCAGGGGUCCGCGCGGCCUAUCCCGGUGGUGCCCCAGGGCGUGACGGUGUGGAGACCUCCGGGGGCGCUGACGGAGAGCGAGCGGCGACGAGUAGACGUAGUGGGACUUCUGAAGCACCUUAAUCUGACGCUGUUUUCGCGAAUGGUGGAGAGAGCUGACCUUUCCUUCGUUCUCAGCCUCGACGGCCCAUGGACAGUGUUUGCCCCUAGUGACGAAGCCCUCACCGCCAUUCCCAGAGAUGCCUUCAGACAGAUCGUAUCCCAGGGGCCCUUCCUCCGCCGCCUUGUGUCCUACCACCUCGCCCCGGGCCGCCUCAGCCACUCCUCCUUCACCCCCGGACUCCGCAUCCCCACCCUGCACGCCGGACACUCCCUCCUCCUCUCCUACUAUACCGACGGUCCAGCAGCGCAGCGGUGGGUGGCGGGCGGCAGCGUGGUCACCGCCUUGGACCAGCGGGCGAGCAAUGGGGUAGUGCAUGUGUUGGAUCGCGUGCUGUACCCGCCCUAUGGUGACCUGCCCACCACUCUGUCCCUCUCGCCCAUCCUCACGAUCUUCGCCGCCCUGGUGGCAAGACGUCCCUCUCUCUACCGCCUUCUCUCAGGUUCUGGUCCUCUCACUCUCUUCGUGCCUUCCGACGCUGCUAUGUACAAUACUUCCCUGCCUAGAGACACAGAACAACUAGACGCUUGGGUCCGCUCACACGUGGUGGAGGACGCCUGGUAUACCUCCGGGUUCUCCAACACGUGGCCACUCAUCUCCAUCACCAACCACACCCUCUCCACCAACGUGUCUCCCAGCCAAGAUAAGAUCACAGUGAACGGCGUGCUCAUCACCUACGCGGACAUCACAGCCUCCAAUGGGGUGCUCCACGUACUGCAGUCCCCGCUACUCACGCCAACCUAGCCGUGAACAGAAAACGGAGCCUUACCUAUGUAUACACCUACCCGCGCAUUUCAUCUUGGGCAGCGAGACACGAGAGAGAGAUCACAAUUUUUUUGCGUUUUACCGAGCAUACUGAGGCUGUUUUACCACUCUUCUCGUCUCUCUGUGUUCGUCAACGAUUCCCAAGACUAGAAUACGCGUUUUUCACUCGUUUAUUCGUUUGUAUAUAUAUGUUCUGUACUGUCUUUCAUUAUCUUUCGUUAUCUUUCGUCUCUCCGUCCGUUCGUUCCCCGUGCUAUGAAGCCCCAUCGUUCAUCCCUCAGCUUAGAAGGGAGAUUAGAUAAAAGUGAGCUGAUUACCGUAUGUAACAGGGCUGGAGGACAGGUAGUGACAGGUAAAAGAUAACGCCCCUCACUUGAGUAAACUUUAGCUGUACCUGAGGCGAGUGUGAUGUAAUUUACAGGUAAACGUAAAAAUGAUAUCUUGGAAAUGUUGUUGACGUGAGUUGUCAUUAGUGGUGGGGUGCUCUUAAGAUAGACAGUUGCCCGUAGGUUUUAGACAGGUAGACAGGUAUAGACAGUUGGCUCGAAUCCUUCCCUCGUGACCCAUUCAGUACCAUUAUUAUUAUUAUUAUUAUUAUUAUUAUUAUUAUUAUUAUUAUUAUUAUUGUUGUUGUUGUCAACGAAGGAGACCGGCAAAGGAGAAAUAUAUGGGAGAAAAAAAAACCUGUUGCUCCCCACUAAAAAAAAAAAAAAAGAAAAAAAACGAACAAAAACAAAAAAAAGUUUAUAUUAUAAUCUCAACGUUUCCCUUCCACUCAUAGCAUACAAAGAACAAUCCUCUGACAUUUUUUUUAAGAGGGAAGUAAGAACACAAAGGAAGAAGCAAAGAAGAUAUAAGAGAUGCAACUAAAUGAAAUGAAAUGAAAUGAAAUGAAUGAAUGAAUGACGUAAUCCAGGAAAACUUAUCCUCACUGCAACGUGAAGUAAAUAAGACAAUCCACCCAUUAUUAAUUUCCUCUACUUAUUCUCUUCAAUGUUAUUCGUUUCCCGAGACAGAGACACAAGAAGUGCUUUGAGUCGGUUGAUCUAAUCCACAACACUCACCAAGGCGGGGCGUGCCAGCGUGACACGAGCGGCAAGAUUGUAUGUGUGACGAAUGGGUGACUAAAGAAGUGGAGUUAAGCUGUCUAUCUCAAGGAAAAAAUAUUAAUAGAAAUGUUUACCUCUGAAAAUGGACAGACAGACGGGACAUUGACAGGAGGCUAAAAAAAAGUAUGACUCCUCUGUGCCUCUUUCCUCUUGACUCCUUCUCUCCACCAGCCUGAGGAGAGAGGAGGAAGAAGACACAGACUGCUUCCUUAUUCAAUGUAUACCUAGCUACUGUUCAGCGGCCAUGACUUAAUGUAUGAAUGCGUAAGUAUGAACGAGUCAAUCUGAGUAGCAUGUAUGUAUGUAUGUAUGUAUGUAUGUAUUGAAUAUUUUUUUAAGUGAGAUGAAUAAAAAUGAAUAAAAUGUA